AUGCCAUCACUGUCAUCAGAUUCUUCAAAGACAUCGUUGACACCUUCAGUGCCAUUAACACCACCAACAACUUUAAAGAAACGUACAACUCGUGAUGUAUUAUCAAAUGAAUCUCCAUUAGCACCAAAAUUAUUACUACAUGAUUUAUUGAAAAAUGAUAAGUUGUUGACCCCUGCAUCCUCCCCACAAAAGAAGAAAAUUAAACAAUCUUCACCUUUAAUAAAACGUAAAAAACCUAGACGUACUACGAUACACCGUCCUAUUGCAAAUUCAGUGCUGUCUCUAGAAUGUUACCCUUUGAUUAAACCAAAGGAACAACCACAUAAUAAUUAUUUACGUCAUAUUUUGAAUACUUGUGAAAAUAUUGUCGUCGUAGCAGGUGCUGGGAUUUCUACUCAUGCUGGUAUACCGGAUUUUAGAUCAAAACAAACGGGGUUAUAUUCAAAGGAAAAAUUUAAUAAAUCUUUAAUGGAUAUUAAUAUGAUUUAUUCAAAUGAAUCUAUGACUUUAAAAUUUAAUGAAUUAAUGGUUUCCUUGUAUCUAAAAUCAAUUCAUGCUGAAACUACACCAUUUCACCAAUUAUUAGAUAAAUUAGCUAAACAAAAGAGAUUGAAAAGAAUCUAUACACAAAAUAUUGAUUCAUUAGAGACUAAAUUACCACAUUUGAUGGAAUAUAAUGAUAAUAAUAACUCGACUAAUUAUCCCAUCUUGGUGCAAUUGCAUGGAAAUAUUUCCAAUACAAGAUGUAAUAAAUGUAACAAUAUUCAAAAAUUUGACCCACACAGAUUAAAAACAACUGAAAAUCCAAAGGGGGAUUUGAUUGCAAGUUGUCUCGAAUGUGAAGAAUUGGAAUAUGUAAGAUCUGUUGCGGGUCUUCGAUCAAAAGGAGUAGGUUCAAUUCGUCCGACCAUAACUCUGUAUAAUGAAGUUCACCAAGACGGUGACACUAUUGCAAAUAUUAUCAAUUACGAUACAAAAUUAAAAUCAAUAGAUUUAUUAAUUAUUGUUGGAACAAUGCUAUCAAUUCCACAUGUGAAAAAAUUGUGCCAAAACAUGGCUCAUUCUUUAAAGAAUGGGAGACGUAAAAAAGGUCAUGUUAUUUUUAUAUCAAAUGAACCGCCAACACAAUCUGUAUUGAAUGCUUUCAAAGAUACGUUAGAUUUGAUUGUUAUUGGUGAUUGUCAGACGUUAUAUAAUUAUAUAGAUUAA